AUGAGCGCGCUUUCUGAGGUCGAAACACAUGAUGGGCUGACGUUUAUGCAAGGGCGGCUGCUGUCGCGGCAGGAUGAUAAGCAAGUUGCGCCGUCCAUAGACGAUGUCGACAACGACCCCGAGCUGCUCCGUAACCUGCGGGGCCAGGGUCGGUACUUCGGGGUGGAAGACGACGCGGACGCGAUCCACGAGGCCGAAGCCAAGUGUAAGAACUGCUCGCAGCGGGGACACAUCAAGAAGAACUGCCCGCACGUGAUAUGUUCGUACUGUGGGCUGAUGGAUGACCACUACUCGCAGCAUUGCCCGCGCACGAUGCGCUGUUCGCACUGUAACGACAGCGGGCACUACCGGCAGAACUGCCCACAGAAGUGGAAACGCAUCUAUUGCACGCUGUGCAACAGCAAGAAGCACUCGAGGGACAGGUGUCCGAGCGUCUGGCGCAGCUACUGCCUGCGCGGCGCGAAAGAGAAGCGUGUCCUGGCAUCACACAAGAUAUUCUGCUACAACUGCGCGGGCAAAGGCCACUUUGGCGAUGACUGCCCGCAAGCACGGUCCUCGCGCGUCCCAAACGACGACGGCAGUGCCUUUUCUGGCGACAACCUAGCCGGCGAGCUGCGCGCAGAUUACUUCACAAACCUCACAAAGUGGCACCAGGAGGCGCGCGAGGCGCUGGACGAACAGGUAGAUGACUACAACAUCAACUACGACGACUACGAAAUCGACGAGGCCCAGUACUCAAAUAGCGCGGGCCGUAAGAGUAAGAAGCGUAAGCGCAACCCGAGAAACUCACAGGCAUCUGCUGCGCCACAGCGGGCUAGCCUGCCGGCACCAGUAUCAAAGGGCCGCACGCUAAACCCCCCUGAGGGCCGCAGGCAUCCGCUGGAUUUCCCUCGCAAUGGUCCACGCGGCGAAAAAAGAAUAGCGGGCUCGCGCUAUGGCUCGCCAGCCCCGUACCAUAGCGACGCUGUGCACAAACCCUACAAUCCUUACCAACCGUUCCGCAGCGGCACGUUGUCGAGGAGAAGGUAA